CGAAAAAAAAGCAAUGUAGCGGACGGACGUCGUUUCGACUUUUCUAUUCCGUCAUGCAAUAAUUUUUGUCAUUCAUGAAUUCGUCGAUAAAAAAUUAUUUAGAUGGUGUCACCUACGUGAACUUUAGUUGAAAUAUAGUCAAAUAAUGUGUUAGUAUUUAAUUUCGCGUAGUUUGUCUUUGUAGUUCUAUAUGAUAGGUCUGUGACAAGUUCGGUAAUGGUGGCCAUGUCAUGAAAAUCCCCACAGCCAUGGAUGAUAGCUCCGUAUCUCAUCACAACGGAGGGCAAGUGGGAUCUCAAAUCGGAGUCAGUAUAAACAACAAACAGAAUGACGAACCUAGCCAAAGCGUCCAGUAUUCGAUACCUGGCAUUUUGCAUUUUAUUCAACAUGAAUGGGCGAGAUUCGAGCUCGAGAGAUCACAAUGGGAGGUGGACAGAGCAGAGUUUGAGGCACGGAUCGCCUUCCUCCAAGGCGAGAGGAAGGGUCAGGAGAAUCUAAAGAAUGACCUCGUGAGGCGGAUCAAGAUGCUAGAGUACGCGCUGAAGCAGGAGCGCGCCAAGUUCCACAAACUGAAGUAUGGAGUGGAGCUGCAACAAGGAGACGUGCGCCCGCCGCCGGAGGAGCCGCCCGCGGAGCCCGAGCCCGCCGAGCGCGCGCAGUGGAAACAGGGCCGGCAGCUCAUCAAACAGUACCUGCAGGAAAUAGGCUAUACAGACACGAUCCUGGACGUGCGCUCGAACCGCGUGCGCACGCUGCUGGGCCUCAACAACGAGGAGCAGCAGGAGGACCCCAACUGCCGGAGCUACGACAAGCAGCAGCGCGACAGAUGCGACUACUCUAUGAACUCUAUGGUCCGCAAAUAUGAUAUCGGUAAAGAACCACAACGCAAAGGCCCGUCGGCCGGAGGCUACAAUGAAGAAGGCCUCUCAGUGCAAGACACGGCGGUGGUCUUCACGCACUUCGAGUUCCUGGCCAACCAGGAGAUGGACAUGGACGAGAUCGACGACCUGGAUGCCAAGCAGGGGCACCACUCCGCGCCUAAACAAGGCGAAGAGGUGGAUCACGAAGCUGAGGAGGUGCUCAACGAGCUCAACUCUCUGACGGAGAGCGAGGCCGACGGCGGCGGGCAGGGCGACGAGUAUCCAGUCGUAAAGUUCCCGGGCGGCGGCGGCGAGGCGGACGAGGAGCCCCUGGCGCUGGGCGAGCUGGCGCAGCUCACCGUCAGCAACGAGCCGGAGGCCUACGACGUGCAGGGCGCCAACAAGGAGUCCUUCCGCAAGACCUGGAACGCCAAGUACACGCUGCGCUCGCACUUCGACGGGGUGCGAGCGCUGGCCUUCCACCCGACGGAGGCGGCGCUGGUGACCGCGUCGGAGGACCACACGCUGAAGCUGUGGAACCUGCAGCGCACGGUGCCGGCCAAGAAGUCGGCCGGGCUGGACGUGGAGCCGCUGUACACGUUCCGCGCGCACUCGGCGCCCGUGCUGUGCCUGGCCAUGGGCGCGCCGCGCACCGAGGAGUGCUUCUCGGGCGGCCUCGACGGCACCAUCCGCGUCUGGAACCUGCCGCCGCCCACCGCCGACCCCUACGACCCCUACGAUCCCCAGGUCCAGGGUCCCGUGCUGCGCGAGCACACGGACGCGGUGUGGUCGCUGGCGGCGGCGCACGGGCGCCUGCUGUCGGCGUCGGCGGACGGCACGGCGCGGCUGUGGGCGCCGCGCGCGCCGCGCCCGCUGCUGGCCACGCUCCGCGACGACGCGCUGCCCCCGGCCGCCGCCGCCGCCGCCGCCGACUUCGCCGAGGCCGGCGCGCGCGCCGCCGUCGUCUACCGCGACGCCACCAUGCUGCUCUACGACCUGGAGACCGGACAGACGGUGCUGCGCGUGGCGAUGGAGAGCCCGGCGACGCGCGUGCGCGCGCACCCGACGCUGCCGCUGCUGGUGUCGGCGCACGAGGACCGGCACAUCCGCUUCUGGGACGUGGUGUCGGGCCGCUGCGCGCACGCCAUGGUGGCGCACCUGGACGCCGUCACCGGGCUCGCGCUCGACCCCAACGGGCUGUUCCUGCUGUCCGGCUCGCACGACUGCUCCGUGCGGCUGUGGAACCUCGACACCAAGACCUGUGUACAGGAGAUCACCGCGCACCGCAAGAAGUUCGACGAGAGCAUCCUCGACGUCGCCUUCCACCCGCUGCGGCCCUACAUCGCGAGCGCCGGCGCCGACGGCCUCGCGAAGGUGUUCGUCUGAGCGGCAGACGUCGACUAUAUAUUAUAUAUAUAUUACAUGUAUUUCGUUUGGAUACGAGCUAGCCCGCUCGCGCGGCUCGGCCGCCGGCGUGGCCGGUGUGUGUCAGUAGCGGCCCGUAGUGGAGCGGAGCUCGGCCCGUCCGGUUCCGCCGGACCGCUCUAGCGUAUUUAAAUUGUAACGUAAUGGACGCGCUCGACGCUCGUUAUAAGCGCGUAGUGAACACUCAUCUAUGUAUAGACAUUUGAAAUCUAUUAUAAUAUAUUUUUAGACUUUCAGUAUGUGGAUUUUAGGUUUUUAUUGCGACUUUUUCACCGAUUUUAUGAUACGCAGUGAGAAUAUUGUUCGUUUCUUAUGCAACUGUAAGCGAGACCUUGUAAUAAAUAUAACAUGUGGAUACCGACGAUGUUUCCUUGAUACGUUUUAUUUUGUGUCUGUACAGUUAGAUGUUACGCACUAUUUGCUAAUCGUUUUGCAGAAACGGAUGGUGUUUCUUUAGGCUAGCAUAUUUUAUUUAAAUUGAUUGGAUAUCAAUAGAGAAAUGUCUCUUUUUGUUUUGUGACAUGUAUCGAGUAACGUGCUCUCAUUGUAACUCAUGAGCGAUCGAACAAAAAUUGAGUAGAAGUACUAUAUCGGAAGUAACAUAAGUAAUGUUUGUUGAUAACGAGUACUGCGAUGUAGAAUAUAUUAUAAUAAAACAUAAUAUUUCCUUUAUUUUCCUCGAAUUCAUACUUGUACACAUACAUCCAAAAUUGAUAGUAAAAAGCAACAUAACCGACA